AUGCAGUUCAAGGCGUUGAUCUCACUGUGCCUUCUUGGCCAGGCCGUAGCCCAGGCUACUACCGAGUCCCAGCCUUCGAGCUCUCAGACGUUGCCGCCUUCACCUACUGGUUCCAUCUGCCACCCUCAUGGUGAUCACUCAAACCCCCAAGGGCACUGCGAGCCUACAUCAACGGCUGCGGUUGUCAGCACGCAGUCAGCAGCAGGGACGUGCACACCUCACAACGACCACUGGCACUGUCCAUCUGGCGUCUCCAAGCCGGCUACGCCUCCUGCUCAGACCCAAAGCAGUGCCUCGGCCAGUUCAACCGGCGGGCACGACCAUGACGACCAUGAUCACGGCGACGGCAAGGAGUGUACGCCUCACAACGACCACUGGCACUGCCCGUCGGGCGUCUCUUCGCCCACGUACCCUCCUACUGCUGUCUCGACCAGGUCCACGACCAGGGCUCCCUCGGGCACGGCUUCCGGCAGCGCUGCCAGCGCAACCUCCACAACUGCCACUGCCGGUGCCGGUCGUGCCAACGCCGUGUUGGGGGCUGCGUCCCUCGUCGGCGCCGUCUUGGUCGCGGCCAUCAUGGCGUAA